UUUGAUUUAUGGGCUUCAGCAGUUUCAGCCCAUUCACUUGCUUCCAUUUCCAUCCUCAACACCGCGACUUUGUGUCUUCUUCUUCUACUUCUGCUUCUGUACUCUCUAAUGGCGGCCGAAAACAAACCCAAGGCUGCUUCCGCUGUCAACAAGGGCAAGAAGAGGAAGCAAUAUCUCCCUUACAAUAAACCUGUGAAGAAGAGAGGGGCAUACCCAUUAAGACCAGGUGUUCAAGGCUUCUUCAUCACAUGCGAUGGUGGCAGGGAACGCCAAGCUGCUCAUGAGGCUAUUAACGUCAUUGAUACUUUCUAUGAGGAGCUUGUCCAUGGGAAGGAUUAUAGUGAGAAGCUUGGAGGGUUACCUGAUAAGACUUUAAAUAAAAAGAUUACUUUCUCCUAUAGUGAUGAUGAUGGUGAUGAGGAGGAGGAGGAGGACAAUGACGAUGCUGAGGAGGAUGACGAUGAAGUGAGAGAAGAGGAAGAGCAGGACGGAGGAAGCAAAUCAGAUACUUGUAGAGGUGAUGAUGCUACUCAUGAAAAUCCAACAAAAGAGACCAAUGACAGUAAAGAGGACCGUAAAAGUAUUGGAAACCAAGCAGAUGAAGCUAAGGAGCCACCAUCAAAGAAGCAAUGCCUAGAAACAGACACAUCAAACUGUGGGAUAAAUGGAAAAGAGGAGAAGUCUGUUGACAAGCUAAUUGAAGCUGAACUUGAAGAACUUGGUGAUAAGAGCAAGAGGCGCUUCCUCAACCUUGAUUCAGGUUGCAAUGGUGUCGUCUUUGUUCAAAUGCGGAAGAGAGAUGGUGACCCCAGUCUCAAGGAUAUUGUGCAGCACAUGAUGACAUCUGCUGCAUCAACGAAGAAACAUAUGUCAAGGUUCAUCUUAAGAGUUUUACCUAUUGAAGUGGCAUGCUAUGCCUCAGAAGAGGAAAUUUCAGGAGCAAUGAAAUCUCUUGUGGAACAAUAUUUUCCAGCAGAAACACAGAAUCCUCAAAAGUUUGCAGUACUGUAUGAGGCCCGUGCAAAUACUGGUGUUGACAGGAUGAAGAUUAUAAAUUCAGUUGCAAAGUCUGUACCUGCACCUCAUAAAGUUGAUCUUAGCAAUCCUGAUAUGACAAUUGUAGUUGAGAUUGUCAAGACCGUGUGCUUGAUAGGUGUUGUCGAAAAGUACAAGGAAUUGGCAAAAUUCAACCUGAGGCAGCUCACAUCAUCAAAGUAACAGCUGCCACUCACAUCAAUACUUCCUAUAUAAUACCAUGUAGUGGAGAGUUGGUAACUGAAUCUAGAGUUGUUAGCUUGAUAAUUCCGAUGGCUUUGCUACCUUUUUACAGAUGGAUCAGUGUGAUCUUUUUAUUCUUAGUUAGCACAGACUUGUUUUCAAAUUUUCAUGAAAAAUUCUAAAUUUUGUUGCUAUAUACGUACUUUAAAAAAAAAAAUGGGGGAGGCGGAGAAGAAGGAAGAAGAAUUCCAGCUUAUUGUUCCGACGGCCAAGGCUGGCUUGUA